CUUCGUAACGUUUCCUCCUCCACAUUCCUUUUCUUCUUCUUCCUUAUAUUGAAUCUUUUGGUAUUUUCGUAAAUAUCACGAAAUCCGAUUUCCCCCAAUUUCUAGGGUGUCUUCGAAACCCUACCUUGUUGCCUUCCCUCCAAGUCUUUCUUCCAAUUUUUCUAGGUUUCAGUUCCCUUUUUCCCAUCCACUUCACCAUGUCUAGUUUGGAGGAGCCAAUUGGAUUUGACAAGUUGCCAAGCAUGUGUACCAUUGAUAAAAUUCAGAGGUUCUCAUCUGGUGCUUGCCGUCCCAGAGUAGAUAAUUUGGGUAUGGGAAACUGCUGGAUUGAAGGACGAAGUUGCAGCACAUCUAACAGCUGCAAUGAAGAAAAUGAAGAGUACACUGCAGAGACAUUCCCGUGGAAUAGGCAAACAAGGGAAGCCUCCCAAGGUGACUCUUUCAGUCGAAAGACUAUGACCACAGGGAGGAACUCGAUGAAGUUUGGAAUGAUUGAUAAUUCAUUUUACUCCUCAGAUUACCAGUAUAGUCCUAAGUGCAAUAACAAAGAUAUGCAUGAUAUGACAUAUAAGUUUAUGAAAGGUAUACCAAAGUUUGUAAAGAUAGUUGAAGUUGGGCCAAGGGAUGGAUUACAAAAUGAGAAGAACAUUGUACCAACAGCUGUAAAGAUUGAAUUGAUUCAUAGACUAGCAUCUUCUGGGUUAUCUGUUAUUGAGGCUACUAGUUUUGUAUCUCCCAAAUGGGUCCCACAGUUGGCUGAUGCAAAGGAUGUAAUGCAAGCAGUUCAUAACUUGGGAGGCAUCAGAUUGCCAGUUCUGACUCCUAAUCUAAAGGGUUUUGAAGCUGCUAUAGCAGCUGGUGCUAGAGAAGUAGCUGUUUUUGCAUCAGCUUCUGAAUCGUUCUCAAAAUCAAACAUUAAUUGUAGUAUUGAAGAUAGUCUUGCCCGCUAUCGUGCUGUUAUUCGUGCUGCUAAGGAGUUGUCAAUUCCUGUUCGAGGGUAUGUAUCAUGCAUUGUUGGAUGCCCAGUGGAAGGACCAAUCCCUCCGUCAAAAGUGGCAUAUGUGGCUAAAGAACUGUAUGAUAUGGGCUGCUUUGAAAUUUCCCUCGGUGACACAAUUGGAGUUGGCACACCAGGAACUGUGGUUCCCAUGCUUAUGGCUGUAAUGGCUGUUGUACCAAUUGAGAAUCUUGCUGUCCACUUCCAUGACACUUAUGGGCAAUCCCUUCCAAAUAUUCUUGUGUCCCUCCAAAUGGGGAUUAGUGCGGUGGAUUCUUCAGUUGCUGGUCUAGGAGGGUGUCCAUAUGCUAAGGGAGCUUCAGGAAAUGUAGCUACUGAAGAUGUUGUGUACAUGCUGAAUGGGCUUGGUGUGAAAACCAACGUUGAUCUUGGGAAGCUUAUGUUAGCCGGGGACUUCAUCAGCAAGCAUUUGGGGCGCCCAACUGGCUCAAAGACUGCCAUUGCUUUUGGCAGAGUCACAGCUGAUGCUUCCAAGAUAUGAUCAUAUACUUUACCAUAAAAAUUUAUAUUCAGAUGCUUCUAGCAAUAACAGAUCAUUCUAUAAAUUUCAUUUUUUUUUCUUUUUUUCUUUUUUUGCAUAAAUAUAAAGAGGAAUAAAAUGCCCGGAGUUGGGAAGUAGGAUGUAAUGCAUUUAAUCUGCUAGUAGUUACUGUAAUAAGCUUCUCAU